AUGAGUCGCGCCGAUGUAUUUGGAACUGCUUGCAAAACGUGUCGCCGCCGUGGAAGAAAAUGCGAUCGGAGUCUACCGACAUGUACGAGCUGCAGCCAAAGAGGUGUGGAAUGUGAGGGAUACGUCUUACGUUGGGUUGGUGUAGCAGCCCGGGGAUAUUUGGCCAGCCAGACAUCCCCUGAUCACCAUGCUAUCACUGUCCUACGACAGCGAAAUUGGAGCCUCUCCAGCAUCAUUGAUAUCGACGGCAACGAUCUUGAAGAUCUGGUCGAUUAUUACGGUCGUGAGCUCAGUACCGCCUUUUAUCUCGGAAAUGGACCCGUUGAAACCCCUUACACUUGCCAUAUAUUACCUUUAGUUCGGAGCAUGCCAUCCGUAAGGUGCGCAGUAGCAGCGUUAGCAUCGUGCCACCAAGCCAAUCGACUCGAUGACAAUCAACUGAAGAUACAAAGUCUUCAUUUGCGACUCAAGGCCACAGAGUUACUGAGGGAAGAUUUGAGGGGCGGUGGCGACGGACUUGACCUAGGGUGUUUAGCUUGUAUGUUACUACUGGCGCAGCUUGAUUUAUGCUCUGGGGACUGUAUCGAGUUCGGGACCCAUCUUGAAGCUGCAGGCAAAUUUGUAAAAUCGCAUGGCUCUGACGGAACCGACCGAGGGUUUUUCGAACAGCGUCUAGCAUGCUCACUGGUCAACCGGCUUGAUGUUAUGGGCGCAACGACAACCUCGAGAAUGCCCCACUGGACCUCUGAUGAGAUUAAGGCUACGCUGAACAAGUUUAGAACGCCAUCGGGACGAAAGUGGGGAUUCGACGUGUUUUACUGCCCAAUUGAUCUUCUCGAAUAUAUUGCCGAUAUCACUAUCCUCUACAAAGCGCAGCCUAAUGUUCCGAAUAUUGAUCAAGAUGUUAUUCAGAAAGCUAUACUACUUGGCAACGAUAUCAAAAGAUUCGAUGCGAUCACCAACUCUGACCCUCGCCUCCACAUCGUUGAAGUAUGGCGUCUAGGGACCUUACUUUACCUAAACAUUUCUCUUCAUGCACGUGCUAUUCCUGUCAGGACGGGCUGGAAUAUCUCGACAACUUGGCCUUUGUUCCAGGCUGGUUUACUUCUAUCGCACGAGCACGACGAAGCUAAGAUCUGGGUACGAACUGAACUACUUGCGAAUUUCCAUACCCUAGGCUGUUUCAAUCUAAAGCGUGCGGUUGAAGUGUUGGAACAAGUGUGGCAGAUGGGCGACAAUAAGUCCUACGAUUUCUUUACCUUUGGCUCUCCGCAGAGUCAACUUGUGUUAUAG